AUGUGGGUCCUGCUUGCUGCGCUCUCCCCCUUGUGGAGCGUUGUGAGCGUCGUCGCGAGUCCGGCACCAGUCUCUAUAGCCGCGAGGGACGCCAUCACAUCAGUAUUGGACCCAUCAUCCGUUCUCACUUUGACGUCGAGCGAAAUCUCGGCGUUUGAACCCUAUGAGCAACUGGCAAGGGCUGCAUACUGCGCGUCAGACAUCAUUACAGGAUGGCAGUGUGGCGAGGCAUGCGCAGCCAUUCCGGGCUUCGAGGCGACUUUGACGGGCGGAGACGGUGAUGCUAUCCAACUGUACUACGUUGGAUACUGGCCAAGCCAGAACGCUGUAGUCGUUGCCCAUCAGGGCACGGACCCAACACAAUUGCUGUCCGAUCUCACUGACGUCGACAUCACCACGGAGAAUCUGAACAGCACGCUUUUCCCGGGCGUGUCAUCUGAUGUCUGGGUGCACAGCGGGUUCGCCGAUGAGCAGGCCCAAACGGCAGAGAUAAUUUUGGCCGAGACACAGAGUCUUAUCGCCUCGAAGGGCGCUACAACUGUCAUCCUGGUCGGGCAUUCGCUGGGAGGCGCCCUUGCUCAGCUCGACGCACUCUAUAUGACCCUGAACCUCCCGUCGGACAUCCACGUCAUGUCGCGCACUUUCGGGACGCCCAGAGUGGGAAACCCAGCGUAUGCUGACCUAAUCGACUCGAUGGUCCCCGACUUCACUCGCAUGAACAACUAUCUGGACCCGAUUCCGAUUGUCCCCGGGCGGUUCCUGGGAUUCCAGCAUCCCGAGACAGAGGUCCAUAUUGUGUCGGACUCGAGUGACGACUCGGACGUCGUCGCUUGUCCCGGGAAUGACGACGCAACAGACGCACAGUGCACUAUCAUGAUGGUGCCAAACGUCGUGGACGCCGAUAUCCUGGACCAUCUUGGGCCGUAUCCUGGUGACGUCUACAUUGGCACUAUUUAUUGCACAUGAAUUAUACCCUGUACUUGUAUUAUUGAGGAUCUGGUGUUUGUUCGUGUAGUUUGUGUACGGUACCUACUGUAGC